AUGUCUUCCGUUCCAACCCACCACCAAGCAGCCUUGGUUACCGAAAAGGGCAGCCAAUUCACAAUCACGCAAAGAGAAACGCCAAGGCCAGGACCAGGCGAGCUUCUGAUCAAAGUCAAAGCCGCAGCCGUCAACCCGGUAGACUACUACCAACGUGAAAUGGGCAUUUUCAUCGAGAAUUACCCCGCCAUCCUAGGCUCAGACAUAGCAGGCGUUGUAACCACAACAGGACCUGGUAUGCGUUCUGAUGCUCCCAAAGAAGGAGACAGUGUCAUUGCAUUCGCGAGCGCGUGGCUCAAUGCCGGAAAACCGGACUACGGUGCUUUCCAAGAAUACGUACUUGUCUCGCAGGACAUUAUUGCUAUCUUACCGGAAAGCUUUGGCUUUGUUGAGGGGAGUGUUUUUCCAAUGGCGGCGUGGGUGAGCUGGAAUGCGUGGUUGUGGGCUGGUAUCCCGCGGGGAUAUAAGGCCGAUUCGUCGGAAGGGGUGCUUAUCUGGGGUGCUGGGAGUAGUAUGGGGGCGUUGGCUGUGCAGGAGGCGAAACUCAUGGGAUUUGGAGCUGUUUACGCUACUGCUGGUGAGAAGAAUCAUGAGUAUAUCCGGGGUCUCGGGGCGACCAGGGUGUUUGAUUACAAGGAUGAGGGGGUUUUAGAGAAUAUUGUUUCGGCAGCGCAGGAAGAUGGAGUGAAAGUGAAGAUCGGGUUUCAUGCUACUGGGGAACAGCAGGUGGCUGUCGAUGUUAUGGGGGCUUUGAGAUUGGGGGAGGGUGUAUCUAAGAUGGGGAUUGCGCCGGUGCUGGAUCCGGAGUUGAAGGUUCCUGAUGGUGUUGAGACGGCGUUUUUGUUGCCGCCGGAUGAUGAGGAGGCGAGGAGGGAGCGGACGAGAUGGAUUUUUGGGGAUUGGUUGCAGACUAAGCUUGCGAAUGGUGAACUUGUUGCUAGUCCCCAUAUCAAGCUUGUGGAGGGUGGGUUAGAAUCUGCGAAUAAGGCUUUAGAUGAGUGGCAAGCUGGUGUGAGUUGUACUAAGAUUGUGUUUGAGAUAUAG